CGUGGCCGCUGGGACGGAACUAGAAGAAUAACAUAUUUUGCGUUUCAGGAAACAAUGCCGUUCGGCUCUUUCUGCGAAGCAGAAUUUCCCGACAGCUGUACCCGCAUUUCCAUGCACUAAGCAUAUAAUCCAGUAAGGCUAGCGAGAGUGUGAAGUUAGAUUGACUUACAAGUCAACAUAAAAAUAUCGAUGAAACUCUCCACAUUCGUGACCAUAGUCAUCUUCGUCGCUCUUGUUGGUGAUGAAAUCGGGUUCGCUUCGAGAAAAAUAAAAAGGUUUCGACAGAACCUAAGAUUUCAUAAUAAACACGGUCAUCCACGUAACGCGAAAGCUAAACGGCAACGAUUACACCUACCACAUGGAGAGGGAACGUAUCACCGUACUGGUUCAUCCGACGGCUUACCAGCGAAUACACACCGCGGGAAUGAAGCGACGACGGGUUCUGGUUCAUCCGGGAGCUCAUCGACGAAUAUGCUACAUGGGAACGGAGCGGUGAUGGGCGGUGGAGGUAAGCUCAUGGGAGCUGUAAUGGUAACUGCAAUGGGAGCUGAAGCUGUCAAUUCACUGACUGGUGCUGCAACUGGCAUAGCAGAGACGGUAAUAUUGAAUCGAGGAAGCGGAGAAGAGGUCGAUGGGCAGAAUGCGGGAAUGGUUUCAGAGCGCGAAUACGUUUUAUGGCUCGACUGA